UUGGAAGACGAAAAGCCAAACUAGCAGGACGUCGCUAGCCAUGGCGUUAAAUCGAUGGUUGUUCAAUCCGCCAUCUCUCACUAUAAAUACCUCCCGUUUCUUCCAUCCAUCUGCAUUCCCGUGGUUGAUUUCUUCCGAUUACAGUCUUAUAAGAACACCGAAGAAAUAUUCUGCUUCUGAUCUAAGAAUUUGCACAUCUUCGCCGAGCCGGCGAUUGUCGGCGACAGCUUUCAAGAAACGCGAGACAAAUAAUCAACCAAGAAACUCGAACGAAAAAGAACUAGGAAGAAAGUUAAAAGCUAAAGAAAUGACGAUCAAACCGGCGGUAAGGAUCUCCGACCGGAAGCUCAUCGUGAAAGACCGGACGAUCCUGACCGGAGUGCCGGAAAAUGUAAUUGCGACGUCCGGCUCAUCGUCCGGACCGGUGGAAGGAGUGUUCCUUGGGGCGGUUUUCGAGGAAGAGCAGAGCCGGCAGGUGGUUCCGUUGGGAACCUUGCGGGACGUCCGGUUCAUGGCGUGCUUUCGGUUCAAGUUAUGGUGGAUGUCUCAGAAAAUGGGCGACAAAGGGAAGGAGAUUCCAUUGGAGACUCAAUUUCUGUUGCUGGAGACGAAGGAUGGGUCCCACCUGGAAUCGGACGAUGGAAACGAGGAGAAUCAGAUCAUAUACACAGUGUUUCUCCCUCUGAUCGAAGGUUCGUUCCGAGCCUGUCUCCAAGGCAACGGACAAGACGAACUCGAACUUUGUCUAGAAAGUGGUGAUGCCGACACCAAAGCGUCGUCGUUUACGCACGCGCUGUUCAUCCACGCCGGAACCGAUCCCUUCGACGCGAUUGCCGAUGCGAUCAGAACUGUUAAGCUCCAUCUCCAGACCUUCCGGUUGCGGCACGAGAAGAAAUUGCCUGAAAUCGUCGAUUACUUCGGCUGGUGUACGUGGGACGCCUUCUACCAGGAGGUCACUCAAGAGGGCGUCGAGGCCGGAUUGGAGUCUCUCUCCGCCGGCGGAGCGCCGCCGAAGUUCGUGAUCAUCGACGACGGAUGGCAAUCGGUCGAUGGUGAUCCUCAAGAGGAGAACGAGGUAGAAGGCGAGAAACAGCCGAAGCAGCCGCCAUUGCUGAGGCUAACAGCGAUCAGAGAGAACUCGAAAUUCCAGAACAAGGAGGAUCAAACGGAAGGGAUCAAGAGGAUUGUGAACAUCGCCAAGAACAAAUACGGACUGAAGUAUGUGUACGUAUGGCACGCGAUUACUGGAUAUUGGGGAGGGCUUCGAACAGGCGUGAAGGAUAUGGAGGAAUACGGAUCAUCGAUGCAGUAUCCGAUGUUAUCAAAAGGCGUUGUGGAGAAUGAGCCGAUAUGGAAGGACGAUGCGUUGGCGUUGCAAGGAUUGGGGCUUGUGAAUCCUAAGAACGUUUACAAAUUUUACAACGAACUUCACAGCUACCUCGCCUCCGCCGGAAUCGAUGGCGUGAAAGUGGACGCACAGUGUAUAUUGGAGACUCUCGGCGCCGGGUUCGGUGGCCGAGUCGAGUUGACUCGGCAGUACCACCAGGCUCUGGACGCGUCGGUGGCUAGAAAUUUUGCGGACAACGGGAUUAUUGCUUGUAUGAGCCACAAUACAGAUGCACUAUACUGUGCGAAACAGACGGCGGUGGUGAGAGCUUCCGAUGACUUCUACCCGCGAGCUCCGGUGUCGCAUACCAUUCACAUUGCAGCAGUGGCGUACAAUAGCGUAUUUCUGGGAGAGAUUAUGCAGCCAGAUUGGGACAUGUUCCAUUCCCUUCAUUCCGCCGCCGAUUACCACGCUUCCGCAAGGGCCAUCAGCGGUGGCCCCGUUUAUGUCAGUGAUGCUCCGGGGAAGCACGACUUCGAGCUUCUGAAGAAGCUAGUGCUACCCGACGGCUCGGUGCUCAGAGCACGCUUGCCCGGACGGCCAACGCGGGACUGUUUAUUCUCAGAUCCAGCUCGAGAUGGAGUUAGCUUGCUGAAGAUAUGGAAUCUGAACAAAUUCACCGGCGUCAUUGGCAUCUACAAUUGCCAAGGCGCGGCCUGGAACAGCCAAGAGAGAAAGAACACCUUCCACGAUACCAGUUCCGACGCCAUUACCGGCUACGUCAAAGGGCGCGACGUCCACGCCAUUUCCCAAGUCGCGGCGGAUCCCGACUGGAACGGCGACUGCGCCUUCUACCGCUUCCGCUCCGGCGAUCUCGUCACUCUUCCUUACAACUCCGCACUCCCAGUUUCUCUUAAAGUCCUCGAGUACGACGUCUUCACCAUAACUCCGAUCAAAGUUUUGGCCCCUGGCUUCAGUUUCGCUCCGCUGGGACUCAUCGAAAUGUACAACUCCGGCGGUUCAAUCGAGGGGUUGAAAUACGAAGUGAAAGGCGGGGCGAAGCUCGCUGAAGUUGAGGGCGGAUCGGAAGGGAAUGAGGUUGCCGGCGGGCUGCCGGAGAACCGCAGCUCGGAGUUGGUCGGAAUUGUUCACUUGGAGGUGAAAGGGUGUGGGAAGUUUGGAGCGUACUCGUCGGCGAGGCCACGGCGGUGCACGGUGGACUCGAGCGCCGUUGAAUUUGCGUAUGAUUCUGAGUCAGGAUUGGUAACUUUCGGAAUAGACAAAUUGCCGGAAGGCGACCUUAAAGUUCACGACGUUAAAAUUGAGUUAUGAAUUUUAUCAUCGUGUUGGUUUGUGAGGAAUGGCAUAAUUAGCAGUCGAUUAUAGGUUCCUUUCGAAGAAAAAGAAGGACGAAUUCUGUUGUUUUCCCUUUCUUUUGGGCUGGAGAAUCACUUGUAAUAUUACGAACCGAGUGGAAUCUUAAAUAACUUCCUUAGAUUACCCAUAA